CAGGUACGCGCUGGUGCUGAGGCUGAGGGCUAUAGUCCCCGCAUGGGAAGCUCAGUGUACUGGGGACCUCAUGCUCCACCUGGAGGGGGAGACCUCAUGAAUGCAACCCCGAGGGGCUCCUCCACCCCCUCCCUGAAAUGCCCUGCAAGUCCCCCUGCAGCACCCACAUGUGCAGAGACCUGCUGCCCCUUAGCACCUCUUACAUAACACAGCACCCCUCCCCUGAGCUUCUGCUGCCCCUCGGGGCCCCCCAGGGCGCACUCCUUCUCAGCCCGGCCCGGGAUGCAGAUGCCGCCGCAUCUCUUACCACGCUGCAGAGGCGCUUGCUCGUUCCGCCUCCUCCUGGGCGCACCGCUCCUCACCAGAGGUGGCUGCAGGGCAGUGGAGCCGGGUGCAGAAAGCGGCGCGUGCCAAGACGCAGCCCUUGCAGCACAGGGGUGCAGGGACACGCGCUUGUGCCCAGCAGGAGUGCACCCCCGAUCCCGAUCCCGAUCCUGCUCCGCCUGUCUCAGCCCCUUCCUCCCCGGGUUUUCCACCCGCCCCAUUGGCUCCGCGGGGAGUGCCCGCCCCUCGGCCCGCCCCUCGCCCCGCCCCCUCGCGCACUUCCUGCUUCGCAAGUUUGCCUCCCGCGGUCAGGGUCACGCGGGGCCGGGCUGGGCCCCUGCAGCUGCCCCGCCGUCGCCCCGCGCCCGCCUGCCCGCCGGCCUGGCCGCCCCCGGCCUGCGCCCGGCUGCCCCCGGGGGGCGAGGCGGGCCGAGGAAGCCGUCCUGGAGGAGGAGAGGUCGGGAGCCGCAAGAUGAAGCUGGAGAAGUGAAGGCGGCGGCGGUGUCAGGGUCCAGCCCACCCUUCGCCAUGAGGCCGCGCCGGUUCUACAUUUCCAUCAAGGACUUCGCCGGGGGCGUGGAGGUGUGGGUCCCCCAGGGCACCCUCCUGAGCCAGGCUGCACCGCUAGAGGAGGCCCCGUCCCGGGACCCUACCUUCAGGGCCCAAGUGCUGGAUACAGAGGAGAUGGUGAAGGUGCCCUCCAAAGCGGUGCUGGAGCUGAGCGAGACCUACGCCAGGCUGCUACAGGCGGUCACCAACGGGGAGGAGCGGCUGGGGCUUUUCAAGCAGGAGGAGCUGCUCCGACGGCUCUCAGUCCUGCGCCGGGGGGACCAGGUCCGGGUCCAGAUCACCUCAGCGUCUGGGGAGAAAGUGAGAGGUGUUGUACGCUACCGGGGACCCGUGAGCAAGAACAGAGAUGAAGCUGGGAUCAUCUUUGGGGUGGAAUUGGUGGGGUCAGCAGCUGGGAAGGGCUUCACAGACGGGUCCUUCAAAGACCAGAAGUUUUUCUCAUGUCGGGAGAAUUGCGGGGUCUUUGUCCCUGUGAGUCGGAUUGAACCAGAUGAAGGCAGCCCCCCAAGGCCCCGCUGGGGCAGCAGCAAGGCUCGCAACAGGUUGCAGCAGGUAGAGGAUGACCCCCUGAGGUCCCCUUCUUUGGAGCUCGGUGACCGUGUCUUCUUCAACAUGGAUGACAGCCGUCCUACAGGCACCGUGAUGUUCUGCGACUACCUGCCGGAGAAGGAGCAUGCUGGCAUCUUUGUGGGCAUCCACCUGGACCAGCCUAUUGGUUCGUGGGAUGGUGUCUUCAAGGGUCAUGCCCUCUGCCAUUUUCCUUCCCCAGAGCAUGGACUUCUCUUGCCGAUCUCCAAAGUAUAUAAAGAAAAGAUUGAGCAUAACCCCAAGGCCUCAAUAGAUAACCCCUCUCUAGGGUUUCCUGAAGACCCACCAUGUUCCCCGUCCAUCCGGUAUCCACCCAGGAUAGAACAGCACUCUCCAAAGGGGCCCCCAGCCUCACUCACCUCCAUAUUUGUGGACAAGGACAAGGGGGAGAAGGAGAAAGAGCCAGAGGAGAAUGAUGAAGAGAAGACGCUUGUGAUUCCACUGGAAAUCUACUCCAUGGUGGAGGUGCACGAUCCUCCGAUAUAUGGGGUCAUCCGGUGGAUUGGAAACCUACCAGAAGUGGGAGAGACCAUUGCUGGCUUAGAGCUGGAAGAGCCACUGGCCUCAAGCUGCACAGAUGGGAGUUACCGAGGGACGCGCUAUUUCCAGUGCCCACCAGACAAGGGCUUUUUUGUGAAGCUGCGCCACUGCCGUCCAGACUCCCGCUUUGGGGUACCCCAGCCCCUGGAGAACCCUGUGCUGCGCUGCAACUCACUAGAUUUCCGCAUCUAUGCCAGCGAGCGGGUGCUGGAGAACACCCCUCCAGCACUGGGGGAGGAAGGGGGCCAGCGGCUUACCGGCUGGAAGAAGGGGAUUCAGGGUCACUGCAACUCCUGCUACCUGGAUGCCACCCUCUUCUGCAUGUUCACCUUCAGCUCAGUGCUGGACUCCCUGCUUCUGCGCCCUGCAGACAAGAACGAUGGAGAAUCCUAUGUGGAGACCCGGGACCUGCUGAGAACCGAGAUUGUCAACCCCCUGCGCAAGCACGGCUACGUCUGUGCCACCAAGGUGAUGUCCCUGCGCCGGGUGCUGGAGGCUGCUGGAUCCUCUCCGGGCUUCACCUGCGAGGAGAAAGACCCCGAGGAGUUUCUCACCCUGCUAUUCCGGGUGCUGAAGGGCGAGCCACUCUUUAAUAUCCGGUCAGCAGACAAGGACCCCCAGGGCUGCAUCUUCUACCAAAUCUUCAUGGAGGGGGCCCUGCCCGGGGUGACUCAGGGGGUUCCCACAGUGCAGCAGCUGCUGGAGGGCUCCCUGGCCACCGGUGACCUCAAGUUCACGGAGGCCCCCUCCUGUCUGAUCCUGCAAAUGCCCCGAAAUGGGAAGGACUUCAAGGCUUUUGCCACCAUCCUGCCUAGCCUGCAGCUGGAUCUCACAGACCUGCUGGAGGAUGCUCCCCGGGAGUGCUGUAUCUGCCAGGAACUGGCAGUGAGUGAAUGUCCCCAGUGCUAUGGGGACCCCCACAUCACAGCAGGCAGCACCCGGCAGUACUGCAGUGUCUGCUGCCAGCAGGUGGCCAGAAUGGCUUCAACAUCCCACGGGUCACCCCAUGUCCAGAGGUGGCCGACUACCUGGAGAUGUCCCCCAAGGAGCUCCAAGCUCUGGACCCCAAGUCCCUUCCCCCUUGUGCCCGACGCCUGCUCUGUGAUGCUUACAUGUGCCUCUACCACAACACUGCCCUUGGGUUUUACAAAUAAACCCUUCCCUCCAGCACUCUGCAGGGAAGGAUACAGAAAGAAGCACUAUGAAACUCAGGACUGCCACUCAGGGAAGGCUAAAUGGACUUUAUUAUCAGGACUUUCAUUACCCUGCAAUGAAACUGUGCCAUUAAGGAACUGGUGUGAAGUAUUUGGUCACUUCAGUCAGCUUGUGGUACCCCUUAAAGGGGUGUUCCACUGUACCCUCUCCCCCCACCACUGAUCUGUUCCAUUGUGGACAUCCCUUCCACCCCAGGUCCGUUGUACUGUAUCUUCUAGCCCACCCCUUCUGCUGCUCAUUUGUAAAACUAUGCAAAAAGGGAGAGGGACAGGGAGAGAAACCACUUUUGAAAAAUUUAUUUUAAAUAAAGUUGCACUUUAUUUUGCUA